GGCAGACGAAGAUCAUAAAAUACAACUCAUCAAACAAAUAUUGCCAGCUGCUAUUCUGACAAGAUUGCUGUACAGUGUUCUUCGUAAUCAUUUUGAAAACGUCGUUAAAAGGAACAAGAACCAAAACGAGAAAUCAAAAAAAAACACUUCUAAAGAAAGAGAAUGUCUGGGAACAUGACAACGAGUGACGGUGAAGAAAAUGCAAAAAUAUCAUCGUACUCAUAUAAAGUUAUCUCUUCAUUAUUUAUGUGGAUGCUAAUUUUGUUGAUUAUUGUGGGAAACUCGCUCGCAAUCCUCGUUUACUGCAAGGCAACUCGACUACGAGUUGUAACCAGAUGUUUCAUUAUUAAUCUAGCAGUCACCGAUUUACUAGUUGGUUUAAUCAUAAUGCCCUUUUGGUUUCACAGAAUGCUACAAGACCGUCAUCAAACUGCUAGUUUACUAUACAAGGCAUGGAUAACGUUGGAUAUAUCAUGUUCAACUGCAAGUAUUACGAGUCUAGCGGUAGUUUCCAUUGACAGAUAUAUAGUAAUCAGUAAGCCACUCUCCUAUGAGCGCUUGCUGUCAAAAUCAAGAGCGUUUUGUGUCAUAUUCCUUGUUUGGUGUUAUUCUAUUGGCAUUGCCUUAGUACGAGAACUGGAAAGGAGAUAUUACACCGUGUUUGUCACGGGAUUUUCUUUCCUACUACCGCUGGCGAUUAUACUAUUUUCAUAUGCCAACAUAUUCAAGGCAGCGAAAUUUCAAGCACGGCGAAUCCAACGCAGCUGUCUACACAAUGAAAACCUCGGCUCCAGGAAGAGCAAAAAACAUCUCGAAAAAGAGUUAAAAGCAGCUAAGACAAUUUCAUUGGUCAUAGGUGCAUUUCUUGUAUGUUGGUUACCCUUAUUUUUGUUAUCUAUUUUAAAUGUGCAUUGUUCUGAAUGCAGGAUAACAUUUGAAGGUGUCAUCAUUGUCAAAUGGCUUCAUUAUACAAACUCUGCAUUGAAUCCUAUCAUUUACUCCAUGCAUAAUCGCGACUUUCGAGCCGCUUUGCAAUUAAUCUUGCUCAAUAGGAAUAGCAACGCGUUGGAUUCGGUUGAAAACAGUAUGAAUAGCGUACAUCACGUUAUUUCAAGAGCAAUACAGCCUUUACGCAAUCGAACUUGGAGUGGAACAAGAACAUCUCGUGUUUGAUUGGGGUAAAUAAAGUUAUUUCAAAAAAAAACCCGUUUAGAAGAGUGGAAGAAAAGCAUAAGUGAUAGACGACAAAAAACCUUUCCAAUAUCAAGGAAUAGCGUAUCACAUAGGCUGCAUCACAACAUGAGCAAGAACAGACAUGAUAAUACGGAGAAAUCAAAUAGUUAAGUCCAAAAAAACCCAAUUGAAUCCGAAUGAAUCGAUGAGCGAAUAUUGUGUACCAUGCACAAAUUAAACAUUAUAUUGACAUAAAAACAACAACACAGCAUGCAGUAAAAUAUCUUUGAUAACAUGAAAAAGAUUAAAAAUGUCAGGUAUGAUGUCAAACGGUAUUAAUGCAAGCCAAGUACGGCAAAUCAUAUUAAUGUUUGUAUACAAUGUGAUAGUAAACAAGGCAAUUAAAAACAACA